UUAUAUUACAGUGCACUAUCGAUCUGGAAAACAGUUUCAGUCUCUUAUUCAUCAAAAGCUUCAAAAAAGAACAUCAUGGGUUUGCUGACUGACCCUAAACGUCAGAAGAAGAUUGUGGACGUUAUCUCCAAGUACAACAACAUACUGUGUGUGCUGUGCUAUGUGGCUGGAGUUGCUGGGUUUCUGGCAUUGGCUUACCAGCCAUUCAAUGGAGCAACAUACUUCUCUGAAAAUGCUUUGUUACCUGGAUUGGUUACAACUGAAUUCUAUGCAGAGAUGAACUUGAAUGCUCUAGCAUCUGAGCUUAAAGAAGAGUUUAACAAGGACAAGAGGAAAGUUCCCAGAGAAUGGAUUUACAAUCACUUCAGAGAAAUAGGAUUAGACACUUAUAUACAGAAUUACUCUAUAAAAUAUCCACUGGACAUUGCAAAAGGACAGAACAUUCCGGGUCAGAAUGUCUAUGGAAUCUUGCGAGCUAAGCGAGCGGCCAGCACAGAAGCCAUUGUCAUGUCUACCCCAAUGCGUCCCAAAGAUUCCGACCUCUCCUCCACCACGGGAGGGAUUGUACUGAUGAUGGCCAUGGCUCAGUACUUCAGAAGACAAACAUACUGGUCCAAGGACAUCAUUUUCCUGGUAUCUGACCAUGAGCAGAUAGGAUUGCAGGCUUGGCUGGAUGGCUAUCAUGACAUUAAGGCUGAUUAUAUAGUACCAAGUGAUGUGAUGGGGAGGAGUGGAGCUAUCCAAGCUGCCAUUAACCUGGAAAUUCCAGAUGGGAAUAUCCGCUAUUUUGAUGUCAAGAUUGAGGGCAUGAAUGGUCAGCUACCAAAUCUUGAUCUGUUUAAUCUUGUUGUAAGAAUCUGCAACCAGGAAGGAGUAGAUGUUACAUUUCACAGAAAUAAUGACCCAAUGGAUCCACAGACUCUGGAAGGUUACAUGCAGAGUGUGAAGACCAUGCUAGAGAUGAUGUGGUCCCAGGCAGCUGGCACCCCGUCAGGCAAUCAUGGACUCUUCCAUAAAUACCACAUAGAGGCUGUGACCUUGCAAGGAAUCAGGAGGAAGAACAGUAACUUUGCUUAUCCCCUGGAGAGAACAGGAAGAAUUCUGGAGGGAAUAUUUAGAAGUUUAAACAAUCUUUUAGAAAGAUUUCACCAAUCAUUCUUCUUCUACAUUCUCCCUGGCACCAGAAACUAUGUCUCUAUUGGAAUGUACAUGCCACCAUUUGGUUUGAUAUGUGCAGCAGGUCUAAUUCAAGCCAUUGCUAUUUGGGUGACACUAAAGAAGGACAAGGAAUCUGAAGAAGAAGAAAAGAAGUCUGAGGAAGAGAAGAAGGAGGAAGAGGAAGAAGAGAGUGACCAGGCAGAGAGAGAGGCGAAGGCACUGGAGAAGGAGGUGGAGGAACUGAGGAAGACAGUGAUGGAUGAGGCUGUAGAGGAGGAGGCCUCAUCUGAGGGAUUGAUCUCUAUCAUGCCUGUAAUAUUGAUCAGUGUGAUGAUGGGGGUGUUCUCUUACACUGGACCCGACCUUAUCACCAUGUCAGCCCCACCCUUCAGAAUCAAAAUGGAGGACAACAUCAGCUUUGGACUUAUGGCUCUGUACACAGCUUCUCUGAUGGUCCCUAGACUUAUAAGCAGGAAGCAGCCAGGAGCCAGUAAGAAGCUGAUUUUUGAUUGGAGGUUACUGAAGUGUGUCACUCUGCUCUUCCAAUCACUGGUUCUGUUCUCUAUUUCUUUGAUGAACAUUUCCCUGGCCUUCUUUCUAGCUGUUGUCCUUGUUCCCAUCACAGUUAUGGCUCAGCCAACAAAAAUCAGUCUACUGCGUUGGCUGCAGAAAGCUUUGCUUUUCUUAGUGUCCCCAGCUGUGUUACUAUUUAUAGCCUCAGUGAUAACAAGUUAUGGAGAAAAACACAAAGACUUCCUAGACUUACUGGGCAAUUCCUGGAGUUUCAUGAAGACCAACAUAUUUCUCACAAUCAUCGACAAAUAUUUCUUCGGCAGCUGGAUGUUUGGUUUAUUUUCUUUCCUUAUGUUACCUAACUGGCUGAUGUUCUGGUGUAUAGUACACUGUAGUCUAGACUAAGAAAAAAGGUGAUCUCAAUUUGCUAUUUUUUUUUUGAAAUUGUGUGUUUGUACAUUCCCACCUUGAUAAUGAAGAUAAUUAAUUGUGUAUGAGGAAAGUAAAGUCAUGUGUAGUUGUAGUUUUUGUCCAAGACAGUUACAUGUGUAUAAAGAUGUUUAUGGACUUCUUUGAAAGUCGGAUGCAAAAUAUUUUCUUAGUAAGAGUGCUUUGAAUAGUUUUCUUAUUGUAAAAAUGGAAGAAGAGAGUGCUGUUUUUACAUAUGUUUAUAAUUUUUUGUGACAAAGAAUAUUGUCAUGAUUUUGUGUUAUUACGUAAUUGUUAGUCAGUUUGCAAGCAAUAUAUGUAUCUGAUAAAAAGAU